CGCGCUCUCUCUGCUUCUGGCCCUCACCUUGCACGAGCUGCUGCCGCUCGUUGGGUGUUCGCGCGGUUGCUGCUGCUGCCGGGGGCGGGCGGGCAUCAACGGUCGGGCGCGCAGGACACCGGCAGCACGAGAGCCCGGGGACCGACCGACCCACCCACCCACCCUCCCUCCCAACGACCGGCGGGAACGGACGCGUGGGAGCCGGCGCGAGACAUCCAGCCCGACCGGCGAUCGGGCCCCGGCGACACCGGCGUGAGAGGCCGGGACCGAACCAGAACCAGACCGGCGAGCGGGCCCGAGACCCCGGACUCGACCGACCGGCGAACGGGCCCGAAGACACUCGGCGUCCCAGCCAUGGACAUCAUCAAAAGCGGCUGGUUCACCGAGACCUCCACACUAUGGCCGGGCCAAGCCAUGUCCCUGGAGGUGGAAGAGGUCCUCUACCAUCAGAAAUCUCCCUUCCAGGACGUGGUGGUCUUCAAAAGCAAAACCUAUGGUAAUGUCUUGGUGCUGGAUGGUGUGAUACAGUGCACUGAAAGGGAUGAGUUUGCAUACCAAGAAAUGAUCGUAAAUUUGACACUCUGCAGCCAUCCUAAUCCGAAAAAGGUCCUCGUAAUUGGUGGUGGUGAUGGUGGAGUAUUGCGAGAAGUUGUGAAACAUUCCACUGUAGAGUCUGUAGCACAGUGUGAAAUCGACGAGGAUGUAAUCAAAGUUUCCAAAAAGUACCUUCCUGGUAUGGCGGUGGGUUUCUCAAGCCCAAAGUUAAAACUCCACGUUGGUGAUGGCUUUGAGUUCAUGAAGGAGAACCAGGAUGCAUUUGAUGUAAUUAUUACUGAUUCCUCAGAUCCAGUAGGUCCUGCUGAGAAUCUAUUUCAGGAAUCUUACUAUCAACUGAUGAAGUAUGCAUUGCGUGAAGGUGGAAUCCUCGGUGCUCAAGGUGAAUGUCAGUGGCUGCACCUUGAGCUUAUAAAGGAGAUGCAGAGGUUCUGUAAGUCCUUGUUUCCAGUGGUUGAAUAUGCAUACAGCACAAUACCAACGUAUCCCAGUGGGCAGAUCGGCUUCAUGCUGUGCAGUAAAAAUCCUGAAACAAAUUUUCGUGAGCCUGUGCGGCAGCUGUCAGCUGGAGAAGUGAAUAGGAUGCAACUAAAAUACUACAAUGCAGAAAUGCAUCGGGCUGCAUUUGUUCUUCCAGAGUUUGCUAGAAAGGCUCUUAAUGGGGAAUAAAAGUAUUUCCAAUGCUUGCUGUUCACUACCAUCAGUACUGGAAUGUGUUGAAAAAUACUAUAGUCGAUUUAUAGUGGAGCUGUAACCUACCAUCCAGCUUAUUAACCCUGUCCUGUCUUCAGGGAGGAAAUCUGUAAUUGGACUGCUCAGGAGACUAGAAAAUAAUGAUGCUAAAUAGAAGAUUGAAUUUCAGUAGCUUUUUAAAGACCACCUGCCUUGUGAUUUCUACCAAAACAUUUGGGUGGUUUCUUGUGGAGUUGGUCAAGUAUACUGUGGACUUCCUGAACCUUGUGUAGUCAGCUGAUUAAUCAGUAAGCUGGAUUUGUAGAUGCUUCACAUGACGGUGGAUUGCUGAAACCUUAAUCAGUGAUGGUUCUAGACUGGAAAAGAUUUAACAUUUUAACAAAAAACUAAAUAAAAAUGCAAUCAUCUAAUGUCUAGAACUUGGAAUUAUAUGGAAACGUUUGACAAUAAGUGCUUGGGAACUUUGAAUCAAAAGGAUGAAAAUCCUGCUUAAUUUUGUCUUAAUAGCAUGCUUAUUAAUAUGAUGCAGUCUCCAAUAGGAUUCACUACAGUUGUACUGAAGCAGCAGCUCAAAACUAUUGAUUAAUUAUGGAAUGAAUUGUGAUUUGUUUUUUCCCCUGUUUCUCCAAACUGUCAAUUUUCUUUCCCUUUCGCCUUGAGCUCUCGCUUCACAUUGUCCUUGUUUUCCCCUCUGGCUGUGAAUGCUUUUAUAUCAUUGCAAGUAAGCUAAAUUCUGUGGUGUUUAUCUCUAAUUUUCCUUAUUUGUAAUACUAUGUAGGCACACUAUGCAACUGCAAACCUUUUUGUGACAAAGUUUUCCCUCUCCAUUCCAGCAAAACACAUUCUUUUUAAUAUAUUGAAAUGGGAUGGGUGAAGUUUAGCCAAUAUGUGGAAGCAUGUGUACUAUUUCAUUAAAUCACUUGGGAGGAACAGA